AUGAGCAGCCCAGAGCCACCCACCGAGCCCCCCGGGGCCAACGCCCCGACCUGGCUGACCCAGCCCACGUAAGGCAACCUUGGUGAGGUCCGUGCCCGCCUGCUGCCCUCCAAGGCCUGCUGCUCACGGACAUCUGAGCGCCCCGCUACUGACCCGCAGCCCGUGCCCAAGAAGACCCUGACCAGGGCCCAGUCGCUGCCCACCCACAAGUCCCCCAGCCCCGGCCCCACUCCAGCUGGGCAGCCUCAGGAGCCCCUUCUGGGAUCCCGCAGUAGCUGCCCUUCUGCUCGCUGGACACGGAGCUGGGCCUCUCUCUCCGCCGCGCUGGAGGCCCGGCAGCUGGAGGGCCUCCGCGCCGUGUACGCCCGGCUGCACGCCCGGCUCCUGGGGGGCCUCCCGGGCCCCUGCCGCCCCGGCCACCGCUUCCGCCUCGUGGACAGCUCGCCCUGCGUGGAGAGCUGGGACGCCCUCUACCACCGCCUGGUGCGGAGGGACAAGGAGGCGUGGCACCUCCUGGCUGCCAAGAUGAGCCCCGUGCCCAAGCCAGGAGCUGACAAGCCCCACCCGUGUGGCCUAGGGCCCCAGGCUUCGCUGGCCCCGCAUUUCAACCACCAGGAGCUGUGUGGUCUGGCGCCCGAGGGCGCACUUCCCCAGACGCCCUGGAGCAGCCCCGUGGCGCUGGCGGCGGAGGUGCCAGAGCUCACGGUGGUCCAGUGGCCUGUGGAGACAGGCGCGCAGCCGCCCGAGGAGUUCGAGGCCGUGGCCCUGCUGUUCCUGCAGCCCUGGAGCGCCCGGAGGGAGGCGCGGGCUGCGGCCCUGGCCGAGCUGCGGCCCGAGAAGCUGAUGCUGGCGGCACCGCGGGGCUGCUCAGCCGCCAGGCCCCAGCGCCUGCUGCUGGCGGACUUCGGCCGCGGCCCCCCGGCCUCCCACGCGCGGCAGCUGGGCAGCCCACUCCGAGAGCUGCUUGGCCCGGGCGCAACCUUGGCCACGUCCUUGGCCGUGGGCCUGGAGCACCUGGCGGCCCAGCUGGCCCGCGCGCAGCCCUCGGAGGCCGGGACUCGCGGCGCGGUGCUGCUCUGGGGGCCCGGGCGGCUGCGCGGCCGCGGAGCCCCGCUGGGGUCCUGGCUGCGGAUGCGCCGCGCGCUGCUGGUCCUGCACCUAGCCGAGAGGGCCGUUGGUGGGGAGGUGCCCAGCCUGGAAGACUGGCUGUGCUGUGAAUACCUGGCCAAAGCCACCGAGGACUCUUUGUACCUCGCCGGGGAGCUGCUGUGUAACUGA